AUGUCGCUGAGAUCACAAUCAGACAAGAUCCAAACAGAGGAUCCGGUUACGUACAAGACAGCACAGAGCAGCGUAACAUGUAUAUACCAAGCACACAUGGUUGGAUUCUUGAGAAAUGUUAGGGUUCUAUGGUCUAAAAAUCUCAUGAACCAUUCUCUUACCGUAAUGGUAACAAGCGUACAAGGAGACAUGAAUUACUGUUGUAAGGUUGAUCUCAAGCCAUGGCAUUUCUGGAACAAGAAAGGUUUCAAAUCAUUCGAGGUCGAAGGUAAUCAAGUCGAUGUGUAUUGGGAUUUCAGGUCUGCUAAAUUCAACGGGGGUCCCGAGCCGAGCUCGGAUUUCUACGUGGCUUUAGUUGCGGAAGAGGAAGUGGUUUUGUUGUUAGGGGAUUACAAGAAGAAAGCGUUUAAAACAACCAAAUCAAGACCUGCUUUGGUUGAUGCUGCCUUGUUCUACAAGAAAGAGAAUGUUUUUGGGAAGAAGAGUUUUUCGACUAGGGCUAAGUUCCACGAUAGGAGGAAAGAACAUGAGAUUAUAGUCGAGAGCUCGACAGGACCAAAGGAUGAUCCAGAGAUGUGGAUUAGCGUAGACGGGAUUGUUCUGGUUCAGGUGAAGAAUUUGCAAUGGAAAUUCAGAGGGAAUCAAACGGUUUUGGUUGAUAAAGAACCGGUACAAGUGUUUUGGGAUGUGUAUGACUGGUUGUUUAGUACGCCCGGUACGGGUCACGGUUUGUUCAUCUUUAAACCGGAAUGUGGUGAGAGUCAUGAAGGGAGCAAUGAUACCAAGAGUAGUAGUGAUUCUUCUCCUGAGUUUUGUCUCUUUCUUUAUGCCUGGAAAUUGGAGUAA